AUGGCAAGCGAUAGCACGAGCUUGACAACGUUGUCCUUGACUCCGGAUCCGAGCUUCAACUGGUUCUUCCUUCUCGAACUUAUCGUAUCCUGCCUCUUAGUCUUGUUUUUCCUACUUUACUUCAACCGUCUCUUCGCGACGCUCCUAUCGUACGGCAUUCGCGCUUACACCUGGCAUUAUUACCGCGCCUAUGUCGACAUCCAUGCGCUUCAGGUCUCUUUGCUUGGAGGGAGAAUCUUUUUCAAAGGUCUUCGAUACCACGGGUCGAACGAAACUAUCUUCAUACACGGCGGAUUCAUAACGUGGCACUAUUGGAAGCACACCGUAAAGCGAACAGAAUUAUCGAACUUCAAGGGCACCGAGGCGCAAUCGGAAAAUGGACGGGGAAGCUCUGCGCAGAAUGAUGGGGGCAGUGACGGCCAUAACACUGGACUGGGAGAGCAAGGGGGAAUGAAGAAAACAGAUACGCUUCCCUGUCGGAUCACCGCGAAGUUCUAUGGUUUGGAAUGGUUCAUCUAUAACAGGACCCCGGCGUAUGACAGCAUCCUUGCCGGCUUCAACGUUCCAACUGAUAACGUUUCUUCGCCCCCUUCGCUCUUAUCAGUCGUGCCACAGAACGAGCAGCAUGCGGAAAAGGGCCCAGCCGGUUCUAAGGAGAAAUCCAACGCGCCCAGCAUCUCGUCACUAUCCAGGUCUAAGCGGGACUGUAAUGAUGCUCCUGGAAAUACUCGCGGACAUGGCUUAGAUGACAACGAAAGAAGUGAUACUGAGGGUGAAGCCGCUUCGAGUCAAGAGAUAGGAGACUCUUUAUCCAAAUUGCUCCAUCUUCUCCCCUUGAAACUGGUUUGCGACAAAGGCGCAAUUGUUAUGGGAAACCAACAUACAACAUCUGUUCUGACCAUAACUUUUGAUGGCGCUACAGGUUCUGUCGAAGCUUGCGAUGCUGGACCUUUGGACCUUUACCGACAGAUAUUCUCUUUCCAGUUUAGCCACCCGAUCAUCCAGAUGCGACCUAACCCUGAUUACAAGCAGAACCAGCUUGUGGCUGCGAAAAUAUUAAGCUCGGCUGAAGAUGACCUGGGUAGGGCGAAGCGCAAAAGAGACACCAUCUUCAACUACCAACGUCAAAAGCGCAAGGUCUGGCAUAGUGUUCGCGACCUUAUCCCGUAUUUUCAAAGGUCUGUGGAAUCUUUCCAUGUGCAAGACAAGAAUGCCGAUACACUGCCAAAAGGUCAACAUGAGGCUCCUAGCGACUUUCGAUGGGCCGGUCUUUCUCGCUACUUGGACGAAAGCAGCCAGGAUAAUCAUGAAGAGUGGAAUGCUGUCGAAUAUGGUAGAUUCUCCACCAUUUUGGACACCCCCAGUAUGGUAGUGAGCUAUUUCUGGGAUAUUCCUGGCUGUGUUCCUCCAUCACAUGCCAGUCCAGCUUCCUCAGUACGAAGGCCUUCCCCGGAUAUCAAUGGGGCUCCGCCUCCCGAAUGGGGUAUUGAUGUCAAAAUCGAAGGUGGCUCUAUCAACUACGGGCCUUGGGCUGACCGGGAACGCGUUGGUUUACAAAACGUGUUCUUUCCGAAUUUCUAUCGAAGCUCCAACCCAUCUCAACCGUUGACUGUGGGCGAUCUGAGACGGAACUCUAUUUUCAAAUUUCGCAUAGAACUUAGUGACGAGACAACUCUUCGCAUCCCUACAAGGGAGCAGUCUAAGGACUGGCAAUGGAAAGGCCGAGGCAAUACAAUCAAGGGAGCUUCGAAAGUGAGGGAACAGCAAAGGAGACAAUCGAGGAACAAAGAAGGCGACAAAGGUCACAUCGGCCCAGAUAUCCGUCCCUUCGGGUGGCUUUCCCUACGGGUGGCCGGCGAUUCUACGAUCAGUUAUACUAUGGACAUGGCUGGUACAGGUGCAGAGUUUAAUAACCAACUCGACUUGGACCUCCGGGAGUCACGCAUGUCAUCCAGUGUCAACCACGGGUUGUUAUGGCAAUGCCCCCGGCAGCUCGUUACCUGUGAUCUUUCCACGCCACUGACCUGGAACGACAUUCGGACAUGGAAGUUCGACGUUGAGAGUCAAGAUAUGGAGCUUUUCCUGCUGCGAGACCACAUAUUUCUUCUCACAGACCUUGUUUCUGAUUGGGGCUCUGGACCACCACAGGACUAUCAUACCUAUGUGCCGUUCAUUUACAAGAUGGGUCUUUCGUUUUCGAAUGUCAAGUUAUUUGUCAAUGUCAAUGACAUGAACAUAAUCAGUAACCCCUCUGACCUGGAAGACAACCGUUUUCUGCUGAUCAAUGGUCACGAGUUGAGGUCGGAUGUCACGAUCCCGUUCAACAAGUUCAAACCAGAGCAGAAAGCAAUCAGCUUCAAUGUCAAUCUCAGAGAUGGUUCUAUCGACUUUCUGACACCGCUGUGGGACACAUUCCACUCCUUUUUGCAGGAUCAAUCGACAGCUACUCUCGAGAACCUAUCUAUUGAUGGGAGUUACAACUACUAUCUCGCCACUUCGUCCGAAUUGACAGACACACUGUUACUGAACAUUGAUGGAUUCUCGCCCAAAAUGUACUUGUUUGGGUUUUUGAUUCGAUAUUUCAUGACAGUCAAGGAAAAUUACUUCGGGGAAGACAUGCAUUUCAAAACUCUCGAAGAAUUUCAAGAGCUAGCAUAUGUCGAAAAGCCGCCAAAUUCGCAGCACGGGGUCAACCCAAAUCGAAAAUCAAACGACCUCGAUGUGAUUGUCCACGUCUCUGUCGAUAGCCCUUGUGCUCUCCUUCCCGAGGGCAUUUACGAUCACUCGAAAUGUGCGAGGCUCACAGCUGCAUCCCUAGAAGCGGACCUGAGAUUCACGAACUACUACAUGGAUCUGCACUUCACGCUUGCGCCUUUAAAGGCUUCUCUGCAAUCGUGUCAAGCGGAAGGUCCUCCUGUCAUAUCUGAGCCUCAACUUUUUAUUGAAGGUUUCACGGUCCAUGGCCAUCGGCUAUUCGGUCUGCCGCCUGCAGAGCCAACAUACGUUUGCAACUGGGAUUUUGGCAUAGGGCAAAUAGUCGGCGAAUGCUCUCCAGAAUUCUUGAGUUGCCUGUUUGCUGGCUUGCAGGGCUUUGACAUGACCUUUGAUAACGAAGAAAACGCCCUUCCUCCACUGGCACCACUCGCCCUCUACGAUGUGACUUUCUUACGGGCCAAAGUUGACCAGAUCCAUGUGUCCGUACUUCUAGAGCAAACGGCGUUCAUUCUCAGCUCGGGACCUCUAACAGUAUCUUUCAAUGAUUGGGCUGACAUGCUGUUUUCGAAACGUAUGAAGCUUCUCCUCCCAGAUCUUUCAAUAGCUGCAGUUGACCGCAAGUCUGUUGCUCAUGCCCCGAAACUACCGUCGAUCACAGUUGCACCCUUGGCACUCUUUCAAGCGACCAUAAAGCUGAGGAUGGCUCAGCGAAAUAGCGACAUUAGCGAGGGUCGAAGAUUGCAACAAGAGCAUAUUAAGGUCCAUGAUAAAAGAACACAGAGGACCCCAUGGCUUCUGCUCGAAUGGGAAAGCCUGGGUCCGAAUUCGUCGUUUACAAGCAAUGAUUCAAUGGAACCUCCUGCCAUCGCUAUACCUUCAAUGCCAGAACCCAUCGCGAAAGGGUGCCGACUUGGCUCACUAUCCAUGUCGUAUCGCCCAGGGACCAGAAGCAAUGCGAGCUCUAAAAGCUUUCUUGUCGACUUCGAUAACUCUAGUUUGAGGAGUGCCAGGAAGAGAAGGAACCGGGACACGCCAAGCUUAGCCUCCAGAGAUGGUAUGACUCAGAGGAACGAAUCCUCUGCUCACGGAGAGGAUCAAGACUUGAGAUACCCACCAAGAACAGCUGGAAGCGAUAGGAACCCUGCAACUGGCGUCUUCAUAAGAGGAGCAACUCCAGCCACCUCGACAAAACCUCCUAGCUCGUGGGCUAUGCCAGCUUUUUCACUCUACAAAGUUGCUUUUGAUACAUCGCAGCUUCCUACACGUCAAGUUACCAGUGAAGAAGAUGGGAAAGAAUAUGUGCCUGGAACAAAUCUGGACCCUUUCUUCUCGCCGUUUGGAGGUGACAAGACAACCGAUACAAGCCUUGCUUGUGAAUUUCCUACUGGCGUGAAAGGAUUCUGCACACCGGAAUUUCUUCUUAUGCUAUCGGCGUUGACAAAGGAGCUGCAACCCAAGCACCCCGCUGAGAUCAUUGACUCACUUCAGAGAGAAGUCGUGUCCGAUAUUGUUGGGUACCUUAAGGAAUUGAAUAGGCCGAAGAAGUCGACCAGUCUUGCGGUUAGGGUCCCGAUAAUACUUUUCAAGCUUGCCAAUGCUUCCGAAACGUCCAAGGAUCCUCGGCCCAGCUUCUUAGAUGAGUACAAUGUCGAGAUAUCUAACCUGAGAACGGAAUUCCGAACGAAAGUCGAACGGCAGAAAGGCGAUCUUCUUUCCGGGGUCACGCAAAGCAUCACUGUUCAUGCGGCAGCGCAAACCCUUUCGGUCUCUAUCAACGGCGACCGAACUGAUGCGUAUCAGGAAAGAGCUGAACUGAGCUGCUUGCUACGCGACAUGGAUUUCUGGCUUGUCACGGCUCCGUCUGUGCGUUCACAUUUACAGAUGCGAGGUUUCGAUACAGUAACAUCGACGAAAUCAGUGGAGCACCUUGCUUCUCUCGUUCAUCGGACAACGACCAUGCUUGAUUCAGCAACGUCAGCAUUUCAGCAUAGCUCGUCAUUAGAGGAAAAGCGCUUGCGAUUCCUUAUUUAUUCCAUCUCUCAGGAAGCAGCUGGUAUUGCGGAUCCGGCAUUCCUCACGCGCAUUUCGUACGUCUUGCGAGUUGUACCCACGCACUUCCGGCAGCAUGAUUCCUGGAAGAUCAUCUCCCGUGUCCGGAAUGUGUACAAUCAUCUUCCGUCAGACAAGCAACAGGCGCUCAUCUCCCAAUGUCUAGACGACGACAUUUCGCUGCCUGAGAAUGCGAAAUCACUUAUGUAUUCGACUUUCGAUCAAUGGCGUGCAUGGGACUUGGCUCAUGUUGAGAAAAGCUACAUCAUGCGAAAGAUCUGGAAUGACUUCGAGUAUACUCCAGGAGCCCCUCAAGAAUCGACCUUUUUGUCGCUGGCCGUGGGCAUGUUCCGAUUCUCUAUUGACCCAGGGCCGAAAGAGAGUGAUUUUAUAGUCGAGAAUAUGACGACUGCAAUAUCCGUUGGUUCUCGAAAUGACGACUCCUCGGGAGUCGUGAAGUCGACGAACGUCGUUAAUGUGGAAUCCUACUGUUCUUCUUCCUCUCUCCAUCUACGAUGGGAGAUUGUCGAUCUUAUCGAGGGAGUGUUGAAAGCCAUUUCGUCUGUUACAUUUGAGUCGGCCCCAUCUGUCGAACCUCCAAGUGACAAAGCGGAGGAAGAGACCGAGCUUCACAUUGUUCUUGGUACUGAUGCUGGCUCCGUGAUACUUGAUGGUAUAAACGUCGAGCUAGCGUUGAUCGGAAAGUCGCUGAGAGCUUCAGUGGCUCAAUCGCAAAGCCCGGACAAGAAAAGUGAUUUAUGUCUGCUCCUUAGUGCGGAGGCUGGGUCAACCGAAAUCUCGAGCCGGUCCAGUUCCCUCAUGCUAUGGACGAUCGCCAACCCAUACGUAUAUUGCUCACACAUGUCUGAAGAAGCUGAAGCCGAAGUCAGUAACGAUUUGAAGAUCGCCGCGUCAUGCAAGAGGCUGCGAUAUGAUAUGCGGGAGGAUCCGGUGAAUCUUGCUCAUGCGGCCGACAGAAUUAUUGAGGACGAGGUCCGCCAUAUUCAUCGGAUUGCGAGAGAGGUCAAUCUCCCGUCAAGUGAUUCGAAGAAAGAAGCGAUGCCCAAGAAAUCAGGACCCAAUAAGCUGCAAAUUGCACUGUUUCUGGAUGACUAUCAACUCAGUUUUCGUCUCUUGCCGUCGUUGGUUUACACAAUAUCUGGGGAAGUAGCGCGGAUGUCUGUCAUGCCUUCAGAUAAUUCGAAGAUGGAGGUGGAUUUCGAUUUGAAGAAGAACUCCCAUAUAUUUUCGUCAAGCGACGGGGAUGAUACAUUAUCGGUCCUGGAAAUACCCCCGAUCAAUGGCAGGAUUGUGGCAAACAUGUCAUCGGAGCGCACCGAAGUGGAAGCCGACGUUACGAUUGAACUCAUCUAUUUGGAAGCGAGUGCGGUGCGGAGUCUCUUGGGUGCUUUGUCUGGGCCCGAAAUGUCUCAUCUGGUGUCCGAUGUCAAGCAAAACGUGGAAAUACUACAGGGACACCUACACGAUAUUCUUUCCCUCGAUAAACCACCUGUGCAACACAAAGAGCCAUCUACUGCCCCCGAACUUCUUUAUAAGGCUCGUUUGACAAUGGCUGGAACAAAGAUACAUGCCACUGCACCGGGACUCAAUGGAAAGGGCUAUUCUGCAGAUAUGGACUUCAGUCUUGGCAUGAUGCGCAUGCGCCUGGACAAUGGCUUCGAAAAUGGUUACCCGAUCGAAUAUCCGGAAUUCCGUGUCGAUGCGUCUCAGAUAAGCUUCGACUUGCGGAAGCAGGAAGAAUCAGGAAGCCGCUCUUAUGGUAGCUUUGCCGUUGGUACUAAGCUUGUGGGGACUUCGGUUCAACACGAGAAUGGAGAGAUCAUGCGGGCUUAUCAUUUGGACAGCAAGAAUUUCGAUGUUGAACUCUAUCCCCAGACAGCCGCGCUCGUGGUUGACAUCGCUGCUCAUCUUCAAGAACGCAUCAAGACCCUAGACUUGUCUCAUGAAGUUGAGCGCUUCAAAAAGUUGCGGCGGCGUGGCCAGACGGAGAGCAAGACCAAACCUCCAGAAAUUCCCGGGAUCCAAGUGAACGACGAACCCGAGUCUGACGCCCAAGUCUUCUUUAAUGCGAUCUACACGCUUGAUUUUUACAAUAUUCAAAUUGGAUGGAACAUGACCAGCGUAUUGUCAACCAAAUCAGGUCGUCGGCCCGAUGACCUGGUCUUUUCUAUCAAACGUGUCGAGCUGUCGAAUAAGAAAAAGAACGCAGCCAAGCUUCGAAUUGAAGACAUGCAGCUUCAGAUGGUGCCAGCUGGAAUGGACAGGCGAAAGCGAUCACUCACCUCAGCACUACUGCCUGAGCUGGUGUUCAACGUGGCAUACUCUUCGAGAGGCAAAGAAGUUCGCCUUGCGUUCCAGGCAGCUGGAAAAUCAUUGGACCUGCGAGCCACGUCUGAUUUCAUUAUCCCGGCUAGCAUGAUAAGAGACACCAUUGCGUCUGUCGCUCAGACAUUACGCGACGCCAAUUCCGUUUUGGUCAAGUCGUCUGCAGACAGCCCAGAAAGUCCAGCCAGCCCAGAAAGCCCAGACAAUACGGAGAAUACCACGCAACGGAAGCUUUUCGGAAACAGACGACUGCGGUCCGUGUUGGUCGAUGUUGACUUUGCCGGAGCUAUUGUCUCUCUACAAGGCAGGCACCUGGAUGAUCAGCAGACAAUGCUGACGGCCACGAUCAAGGGAAGCCGGUUCUCGGAGGGCAAGUACGGCCAGUAUGUUCAAGGGGAUCCGGCAGCCACUGCCACGUUGCGAGCUCCCGGAGUGGCAUUGAAGGUUCAAUUCGACGACAACGGCUUGGAUGAUCCGACCUUAAAUGCAGAGCUGAAGGUUGACGCAUCCACUAACGUUCUGUACCCGACGUUGGUGCCGCUGAUAAAACAAAUGACCGCUACUGUCAAGGAGCUCGUGGGAGAGCACGAACGACCUAGAAGGCCAUCUACUACUGCGAGGCUGCAACCGCAGAAACUCAUGCAAGAAACGACUCUGAACAGCAGAGAUCCCGACACGAUUCUUGGGCGGUGCAGAGUCAACGUGGGCCUCCUGAUCUGCAAGCAGGAAUUCAGCUUAAGUUGCCAACCUAUUGCUCGAGUUGCGGCUACGGCAAGAUUCAACAGCGUUUACGUGACGAUUAAUACCGUCCAAUCCGAUGAGCAAGGACGGUUCCUUGCGCUUUUGGUGGCGUUCAACUCCUUGGAAGCCUCUGUCAAGCACGUGUAUUCGAACGACUCAACCGCGAGCUUCCAGGUGAAGUCCAUUAUCGUGUCGCUUAUGAAUAGCAAACAUGUCAGCAACACGAAGGGUAUUUCCGCCAUGCUCAAGCUCAGCCCGGUCAAGGUGGCGCUCAGUGCGAAGCAGGUUCAAGAUCUCUUGCUUUUCCGUGAGAUUUGGGUUCCGUCAAGUGAUGAGUUUGAUUCUCAACCCACAUUCCAGUCACAGGAAACGGAAACCCAGACUUAUAUUGUCCAGAGGUAUCAACAGGUCGCUUCGACUUCUGCAUUCCCGUGGAACACUGCUAUCGCGGUGGAAAAGUUGGAGAUUCAGCUUGACCUGGGAUCUACGCUAGGAAAAGUACAGUUUGCUAUCGACGACAUGUGGCUAUCAUCGAAGAAGAAUUCUGAACGAGAGCAGACGUUGUGUGUCAAUUUUGAUACCAUAAGAAUAGACAGCAAAGGCAGGAUGAGCGGACUGGUGGAGCUUCGCACACUCAAAGUUCGCACCUCGAUCCAGUGGCCGGAUGAAGCAGCACCGGACUCGAACAAAACACCACUCAUCCAGGCUUCCAUCUCUUUCAGACAGUUACAGGCCAAAGCUUCGUUUGAUUAUCAGCCUUUCCUCGCGGCUAAGAUCGCCAUGUUCAGCUUCUUGAUGUACAACGUCCGAGGAGCGUCUGGCUCAUCGAAAGAACGACUCUUCAGUAUCCUGGAAGGAGAUCAAUUGCAGGUUUAUUGCACGACGCUGACUGUGUCGCAGUCUCUGGCACUAUUCCAGGCCUGGCAGAGGUUGGUUCAAGACAAGCAAGCGGCGUACGAGGCUUCUCUGAGGGAAGUUGAACGGUAUCUCCGAAGGAGGUCUUCAGCGGUUGCUGAAAGGGUGGAUCUCGAGGCUAGGGAGCCUACCAAGAAAUCCGAAGAGGACACCGAGAAAGCACCUAUUUCGUUGCAGACGGGGGUUGUCAUUACUAUCAAUUCUGUCUAUAUUGGCGCCUUCCCGAGCUCCUUCUUUGACAAUCAGAUCCUGAAGCUGGAAGCGCACCGUGCGCAGGCACAUUUCGAUGUAUCGCUGGAAGAGGGCAGAAUCCACAGUACGUUAGGGCUUACCUUGGGACAGCUUGACGUGGCGCUCUCGGGCAUUAGCCGGCCCGCCUACAUCGACAUCGAAGAGUUGUCCGUCAACGACAUCGAUCGCCGCGCCAACGACGCCCGCGGAGGAACAAUUCUCAAAGUUCCGCAGCUGGUCGCCAGCAUGGAGACCUGGCAAGUCCCCGGACUCCCCCAGAUCGACUAUGUCUUCCGCAGCACAUUCGAAGGCAAAGUAGACGUUGGGUGGAACUAUUCCCGCAUUAGCUUUAUCCGAGACAUGUGGGAAUCGCACUCCCGCGCGCUGGCAUCUCGACUCGGCAAGCCACUGCCGCCAUCCGCGGUGCGUAUUGAAGGUGGGCCGGGCUCCGAAGGGGCCGGAGACAAGCAUGAACAGGAGAAGAUCACGGCAGUCGUCAAUAUGCCCCAGUCGAAGUAUACAUAUGUACCCCUGAAGGUGCCCGUGAUUGAUACGCCCCAGCUGCGUGACAUGGGUGAGGCUACUCCACCGUUGGAGUGGAUUGGGCUUCAGCGGGACAAGCUGCCCAACAUCACACAUCAAAUCAUUAUUGUGACUUUACUGGAGAUUGCCAAGGAAGUGGAGGAUGCAUAUGCGAAAAUCUUGGGGUCCUCCUAA